AACAUGUGAUGCGACCUGACGAUCGUCGCGGUACUAUUGUGUACAUCGUGCGAGUGCUUCUUGUUCAAAGGAUGACAGAACCUCUCAUUCUCGAGGGCAUCUACGGGAAGAAAGAGCACACACGGAAGGAGCGGGGAUAAAAUGUCAUGUGAAGAACCGAGUAGGAAAAUCCACGUGGAGUUUGGCGAAGUGGAAGCGGGCGCCGCGGCUGUCAAAUGGAUAGAGAUAAUCAAUCAAAGUUGCAUGGAACAGACUUACGAGGCUCGAAGAGAUGCUAUUACCAAUCCCCUGGAUCACGUGUUUGAAUUAUGCAGUUACUCGUGGACUUUGUCUCCCGGCCAAGUAUACAAGUGCAGAAUAUAUUAUCGGCCGUUCAUCCCGCUCUCCGUAAACGUAGAUUACUUUACGAUCAUGGAUUCCGUUGGCGAACGCACGGAAAUUAGAGUCCGUGGAAUGUGUAUUGAGACCGAUUAUUAUAGAAGUGUACGGUUAUUACAGUUCGAUAUUACAUAAAGCCAACAUACAGAAUCGCUUUAAUUAUCCUACAAGAUUGAAGAAUGGUUUCGAAGGUUACACAAGCGAUACUAUCGUUGCUGCGCAAGAUUUACCUGCGAUCUCUUUGUCGAAAAACUACAUCGAUUUUGGUCAAGCUAAUUUGGUGACAGAAGAUACUACGCAAAAAAUUUCGGAAACUUUAUGCCUAACUAAUCACACUCGAUCUGAUGUAUUAAUUAAAUGGGACCAAGGUUUCAUCCUUGAAUCAUAAUGUAUAUGACGAUGCUAUCAUUAAUAUGUUUUUCUAUCUUUUUUUUUUACCUUUCAAGUAUCGCGGAAAUUAUCAAAUCAAAAUAUAAUUAUAAAUACAUCGAUUCAGAGGUGUAGCCAUUGAGAUGCUAGAGCAGGCAAAAAAGCUGACAGAGAAAUUUCGCUGCCCGAUGACAAAAAAAGAGGAUUAUAUAUAUGAAAAAGUAUUAUUGUAAAUAAUACAAUAUUACAAAUAACUUGCAAAUAUUUGAACAAAAAUUAAUAGAAUUAUUUUUAAGUUGCUUGAUUUUUCAAGAGCAGACUGUGCCCCCUGGCUACGCCCCUCCUGGCUAUGUCCUCUCUGGUUAUGCCUCGAUUUAUUUUUCCAUCUCUUUUAUCAGCAAUUAAUAUCAGAUUUUGUAUAGAUAUUGAAAAAAAUUUUAACAUAACACCUGCUAUUGCGAAAGUACCAGCAUAUCAAACAGUUCUGUUCGAAAUCACAUUUAAUCCUAAUAAAAGGAGCAAUUUAUUCGCACGAGAAUUCAUUGGAUAUAUUUUUAUCGAACAAGAAGAUCUUUCUGAGGAAACUCUUACAUUUCCUGCAAUCACGUCCGUGCGAUUAAUCGGUAAUUCCUUUCCUAUUUGUUCCGAUGGUUGGAUUCCCCAAUAUGAAAUACCUCAUAUAGUCAAAAUGCCUUCUUGCUUACCGUCAUUUCCGAUUUACACCACAUUCCUGAUAAAAAAGUUUGGGCAUUUACCAUUGAUGUAUCACUUUGUGCCGCCAACAUCGAGCCACUUUGUUGUGAAACCAAUGAUGGGAAUAAUUCAUGAAAAUUAUCAGAUCAUUGUAGUCGGUAUGUUACCCGGUACUGACAAUGAACGCGUUUACGUAGAGCGUUGGGCGAUACGUUUCAACGGAAAUACAAAAUCGGAGUGUUUCAUAGAUUUUCGAGGAUUCGCAGAAUGUGCUAAUGUUAGUUUUAAUGAUCAAAAUCUUGUAAAGUUUGCGCCAACAUUUCCAAAUUGUCGGGAAUUGCAACAAUUCUACAUGCGAAAUAUUACUCGACACACGAUAAAAUACGAGUUUGUUAAUGUGGCACCUGAACUCCGAAUUCAAAGUGAAAAUAAUAAAAUUUGCCCUAACGAUACCGUCAUUCAUGAAUGGAUAUUUUGCCCUACUACAAUUGGAGACUACGAGUUUGAUGUAAAGUGCAUUUUAACUGUAUUGAAAGACGAAAUUCCCAUUGGUCCCAGCGUUUGCGUUACGUUACACGUAAUAGAAAGCUGUAAAUCUGGCUGUCUUAUGGUAACAAAUUUACAAUGUUAUGGACCUUAUCCGGAUGUGAGCAAAGCUUUUCUGUGGAAACUGAUGAAAAUAAAUAUAUUCAAUACAUUACUUCAAGAUUUACAAGCAGAAACGUCACAAACGUUGUACGUAAACUUUCCGGCGAUGGUUUUACAUGAAAAUCCCGUUGUUAUAAAAUUGCUUUUAAGAAACGUAACUGCAGUAAUUGUUUCUUGGAAUAUUAAAAGAAUGAAACUCUGUUCUUGCGGACCCAUUGCAAAAAUCCAAGGCGUAUCGUUGCAACAUGCAAAGUACGAUUGCUCACACAGGAAAGUGUGCUCUGUGCAACCAAAAACAGGAAAUCUUAAACCAGGAGAAGAAAACUGGAUGACUCUAGAGCUGCAUUACAUAUUAUUAGGAAAAACUGAAUCGAAGUGGGACUUGGACCUUGGAAAUAAUCGUCAUAUCUUUUUGCUCAUGACGAUUGAAGGAUUAUCCAGAUCUGAUAAUAAGCUCCAUCUUUUAAACGGCACGCAUUUUAAAUUUCAGCAUAUUUACUUGGGAGACAAGAGUCCUAUUUAUCAGGUAUGUUGGGUACAUAAUGGCACAAAUUACAGUAUCCCGUUUUCUGUAAAUCCCAGAAUGAUGCGCGAAAUAAAUCAAGAGUACUGCUAUGAGGUUUUUUCCUGUGCGUCUCCACACGCAAUCGUAAAUCCGCAAUCUUCCGUUCCAAUUCUUUUAAAAUUUCAACCACGACAAUUUGGUAUAUUUAAGGGCAAAUUAUGUUUGAUUCUGGGUGACAAAGAAGAAGAACUUAUAUUGGAAGGCGAAUCUUCUUUGCCGCAUAAGUCAGCAGUAAUUGGAGAAUAUGUACCGUCCGGAUGUAACUUUGAAGAUGACGAUAUUCCUAUAUAUUUUAAUACUGACUGUAUAGAUGUUUUGCACAUACCUACACAUAGUCACGUAGUGAAGAUGAUUAUGAUGCAUAAUAAUUUAAUACAAGACGUACUCGCUUACGAAUGGAAGAGAAAUGAGAUUUCCGGAGUAAUUGACGUGGACGUUCAUCCACAAAAAGGCGUGAUAAAACCAAUGUCUGUUAAAAGUUUUCGCGUAACUAUAAAUACUAAAAAAUAUCCUUGCGUGAUUGAUGUUAAUAUAUCGUGUGAGUUUAUUAAUACUAGUCAAAGACGAGCUUAUCAGAGAAGUGUAUACAAAUUAGAAGAUUUGUCUCGAGAAUUAAAAGGACAAUUUACUAUCACAGAAAAAGGCAUCAGCGUUCCAAAACCAUCGAUGGAAGUUUUGGAAAAACCUCAAACCUUUUAUAAAACUAUAACGAUUCGAUGUUCUAUAUAUAGUGAAGAAGAUAAAUUUCUGAAAAUUAGUCUAAUGGACGAAUUAAUAAAUGCACCUUCAAAGGGAAUAUACAUCGAGAAGAAUAAUAGACAAAUGCUGAAAUUCAAGAAAAAGGAUGUCAGUCGAUCUUUAUUUAUUAUCGAAGGUCUAUUAUGGGAAAUAGUCAAUAGUAAAGUAUUUAAAAACAUUAUGCAAGAUGUUUUGCAGAAUGAAUUGAGUUUAUUUUAUUCGCAAUUCACAAUGAAUUUACAUGAAAGAAAAAGAUUAGUACAAAGAUCGUAUAUUUCACCACCACGAGCAUUAAUCAAUCGUAUAUUGGAAAGAAUGUUAUUCCUCAUAAUGCACGAAGAGUUUGCUUUAAAGACUGUGCAUCUAAUUCAGCAUACAGAUAUCAGACAUAAAGUCUAUUUAAACAUAGUAUCUGGCAUGAAUAGAAGAAAGACAAUCAAAAAAGAAACACAAUUACGUAAAGACGAUGAAGAUCUUUAUGUGCCAACAAGAUUAUCAUCAAGAAUAUCUUUCGCCAUAUAAUCAUCAGAUAUCAGAUAUUAAUGUAUAUAUACAGUUUUGCUGCUAGCUGCUUGUUGCAAUGAUCUGUCGCCUAUAUUAACAAUUAAAAAAUUUGCUUAAUAUUACCAUAAAAAUAAAUAACUAUAAACAGC